UCGGUGAUGGAGGAUUAUGGAGGGAAAGUCAGUGGUUCGAAGCGCAUAAAGUCGCAAGUGAGGCUGGUUCAUACACUCUUCUUGGCCGUAGACCUCUUCGGUAAAUGCUCUUUCAUCGUCAUCGACAUCAGCAGCAGCAGCGACAGCAUCAUCAUCAUCAUCAUCAUCGCCUUCUUGUUAUCUUCACCAUUGUCAGUUUCAUCAUCCGAAGUCUUCCUCUCCAUUGCCGCCAUCAGAGCCAUCUUCCACAACAUUGCCUCAUCAUCAUCAUCACACCCACCUUCUCCCGUUGCCCCAACAACGGUGCCAACAUUGUUACUACUAAUCAAGAAGUAGGGUGCUCUUUACCCCAGCCUCCAAAGUCGCUUCCACAUAUCGCCACCUGUUAUCUUUCCUGUGUGUCCUAUUCCAUAACAUCAGCUAAAAGUUUCAUCCUCGGAGUGAUUGUUGACCUGAUGACCGCCCAGCCGCUGCCUUCAAAGGAAUCUUGCUAUCAGAUCAAGGUCUUCUUUCAAGUCGUCAACAGAUCGUCCUCGCGAGAUAUGAAGAAAGUAACGCAGCGGAUGUGGCAAUAACGAUGUCAAGCCGAAAGUUUUAUGUUAUUGCCAACAGACUGAUUUUGAAGCCUGGUCAGCGUAACACAAACUCCUGCCGUCCUGGGCUUUGGAGCCGAUGAGUAGGAGGGUCACGGCGGGGGCGAGGUAAUCAGCCUAAUCUGAACCCCAUGUCCCUAAUGAGACUCCUCGUCAAAUUGAAUCAAAGACGUGUAACAGGGCAUGUAUUUUAAACCUGUAUUUACUUUUCUACGCGUCAUUCUGGCCAGGAAGUUUCUCAGAGAAACAAUCUUGGUGGGUGGCAGCUUCCCACCUUGCAUGUGUGUCUGUCCGUUAUAUCAUAUAUCCAUGAGUCCAUGAUAAAUAGAAAAGAUCAGACAACGGUUCAAGGAGAUUCUUCAUAAAAAACUUAAAGAAAAUGAGCGACUUCUGUGACUUUUAAAUACUAUGGCUGUAAUACUGGUAAGGAAUAUGUGGAGCGUCAAGGUCGGUCAGGAUCGUUUCUGUGAGUCUUUCUACGUUUCUCUCAUGUCUCUAGUAGUGC